AUGUCUGAUACACAAAUAACGGUAUAAGAGAGUCUGUCAGUCUUGAAAGAAACGCGUAUCGCUAAAGAUCCUAUAAAUUAUCACGUUCUCUACCUCUUCAGCUAUUUCAUAAGUAUCGCCUUUUGUAAGUGGCGCGAGUAAGCUCUCCUAUAACUAACUGAAUAUCUAACUUAUCGCAUCCAGAAGUAUGUGAUUUCCUACCAGUUACAGACCGUUUUAUUACACGUCAUAUCCACGAACGCUAACUCUGUUGCGUGAGAUUGCCUCCCUCUGCACCUGUUUGCCCCUUACCGCAACCGGCCUCCAUGUAUAAUGCAAACAAUAAUUGUCAUCGUCGAAUCAACCAGCAGUGCAAGAAACCAGUAGCGAAAUCAACAACCCUGUCCGCAAGUGUAACGCAUAUGAUUUAUUAAACUGCUCGUGUGUACAAGAUAAAAUUUCAUACGGAUUCAAACGUGUGCAAACGGCCAGUUGUCUUCGACGCGACGUAGCAAUGUUUUGAACUGAACGAAUAUCCUUCCGUUGAACUUUAUUAAACUCUAUUUCGUUCGUACGAAGUACGCAGUCUCUUGAUAUCAUGCCGAAACGAAUGACGCCGGAGAAAGUGAUCGACAUCAUUUGGUUUAGCGUAGCUUUGACUUUCUGUUGGCCGCUUCCUAUCAAUAGCAGUGGAACGCGAAUUCUGGUUCACAAAAUUUUGCAGAUCAGUAGCGUUAUUAGCGCUUGCAUGCUUCUCCUGCCUCUGCUAUAUUCGAUUUAUCUGCACCUAGACGAUAUAAUCAUUGUUUCCGAAUGUAUCUGCCUAUUUUUAGGUGUGAGUCAAGCUGUAGUUCAGUCUAUUAUCUGCUUGAUCAAUCAUGAUUCUCUGCAACACGUAGUCGAGGAAAUGAUAAUCUGUGUUAAACAAGCGCGAGAAUACGAAAGGGAUAUUUUUUCCAAGCAUAUCGCGCGAUGCAGCGUCUUUUAUGCAAGUUCUAUUAUGUGCAUAUACCUGGCUGCGACUGCUUUUUCGAUAGGACCUGCAAUCUUGCCGCUAUCCUUCCCAAGCGAAGCGGAAUACCCAUUUCGCGUUAAUUAUACGCCAGUGUACGUUAUCAUAUACAUGCAGCAGUCUAUCCUCAGCUAUCAAUGCGUUGCACAUAUAUGCCUAAGCAUGUUUGGAUCGCUUCUGUUUUGGUUCACCGCCGCGAGAUUCCAGUGUUUGGCCAUGGAAUUAAAAAAGACGUCAGACGUUAGUACGCUGAUCGUUUGCGUCGAGAAACAAUUACAUUUGAGAAGAUACGCAAAAGAAGUGGUGAAUAAUUUUCGCUUCAUAGUGCUUUAUGCUAUAGGAGUAAGCACGUCUGCUCUAACUUUAUGUGGCAUUAUAUUGCUCGUGGAUGUACCGCCGAUGGUGAAAAUACAGUUCGUAACUGUAUGCUUCACUGUACUUACGGAGAUUUAUGUAUACGCGUGGUCAGCCGAUUACAUGAAAGAUAUGAGCAUAAAUGUCUCACGGAGUGCAUACGACAUAAUAUGGUACAAGCAGAAGUUAGAAAUGCAAAAAAAUCUAUUGACUGUGCUGGAAUGUCAGGAACCAAUAACUCUCUCUGUGAGUUGUAUAAUACCAGAGCUUUCUUUGCGUUAUUUUUGUUCGUAUCUAUCCAAUACUUUCUCCAUCUUCACCACUUUACGUAUCGUGAUCGAAGAUAAUGCAGAAUAGAUACGAAUAAAAGAAUAUGGACAUUGUUUUAAUUAUAUAUUAUGGAACGAUGCUUUCAUUGUGGUAGUCGCGAUUAAAAUCCCAAUUGCAAACUAAGCUCUGUAACCACCAAAUUAUUAUAGGAAACAGGUUUAUAUCGAACUACAAUUUUUUUUAAAUAUAAUGCUACAAUAAGAUACGU